AUGGCGACGACUACUUCUCUUGAACUCGCGAGCAAUCGCCCUGAAGACAAUGAGGUAGAACACUCAGAGGUGGCUUCAAUCGAUGCUUUACCACCAACUGAUCGAGGCCGUGGAGCGUAUACAGCUCUUGCUUGCUGCACAAUUGCUCAAGCGCCCAUCUGGGGAUACUCUGUAUCUUUCGGGAUCUUUCAAGAAUACUACUCUGCUCACACAAACCUCAAAGCCUCUCCAAGUGCCAUCGCCUCAAUUGGUGCAUCUCAAACAGGAAUCAUGUAUCUCAUGAUGCCUCUGGCUUUCAUCGCCCUCAAUCGUUUCCCUCUCCUUCGGAAGUGGUGCGGACCGCUCGGUCUCGUCAUCACCAUCAUCAGCUUAACCUCUUCAGCAUUCGUCAGUAACGUUGCUGGACUCAUCGCGACUCAGGGUGUUUUGUACGCUAUUGGCUGCAGCUUGCUAUUCAGCCCUAUCUCGCUCUAUAUGGACGAAUGGUUCGUCGAGCGUAAAGGAUUUGCAUAUGGGGUUAUGUGGGCUGGAAAGUCUACCGUUGGCCUGGCUUUACCAUUUCUGUUCAACUUCUUGCUUCAAAGAUUCGGGCUCAAGGCGACUCUUCUCUCUUGGACAGUCGCAUCAGCUGCCAUGACUCUACCUAUGCUCUUCUUUCUGAAGCCCCGAGUUGAGGUUAGCCGUGACUCGCGGCCACGUCCCAUCAGCUUUGCUUUCAUGGGACUUGCAUCAUUCUGGAUGCUGCAGUUUGGAAUUGUUGUUCAAUCACUUGGAUAUCUGAUGCCAAGCACGUAUCUAGCGAGCUACGCCAACGCAAUUGGUCUCUCAUCAGUCACUGGACCACUCUUGCUGGCACUCUUUUCACUUGCUUCUGUGCCUGGAUCUCUUAUUCACGGCAUGCUGGGCGACAAGGUCUCUUCUACCAAAGUCAUCCUUGUCUCCUCGUUAGGAAGCGCACUCCCAGUGUUUCUACUGUGGGGUCUCAAUCGUCACAUUAGCACCAUGGUGGUGUUUGUGAUUCUCUAUGGCUUCUUCGCUGGAGGAUUCAGCGCUACAUGGUCAGGGGCUUUGCGGGAAGUCAAGGGAGAUAAUGAAUUCAUCGAUACAUCUUUGGUGUUCGGUAUGCUUCUCGGGGGUCGUGGAUUAGGGUUCGUCGUUGCAGGGCCUUUGAGCGGUGCGCUUAUAUCGGCUGGGAACUCAUUGGCAAGCGGUGAUAGUCUUGGGUAUGCGACCAGGUAUGGCCCAAUGAUUCUUUGCACUGGUGUUACAGCAAUUCUGGGAGCAUGGGCUCCUAUCUGCAAGAUCGCCAAGUCGAUUGGGAUGACGGGAGUUAAUAGCUGCGUGAGGAUGGCUUGA